AUGCAACGUUACCUAUUAAUUCAAAUUGUAUGGGAACUCAUUGAUCUACUGCUACCAAAUGUCACAGAAGACUGUCCACCUCUUCACGAUACCAUGUGGUAUUCCAUUGACACACCACUUACGGAACUUCAGUUGAUUUACUUUGCGGGUGAACAUGAUUUGGUGAAACUCGAACACAAGCAAUCCUAUGUGCUCGUAGGAUUGACCGGAGGCAUUGCCGUAAUCGCCCUUGCUAUUAGCAUUUUUUGGGGUUUGAACGGUUCUGCGUUCACCAGCUAG